AUAGCGCCAGGCGAGCUCUACAGCUGCCGGUCUACAGGGUCACACGAAGCGGACACCAAGGGUCGCGCACAUUUGAGUGCACGUACGGAUGCUGAGGACGCGAGCGAGUACUUAAUGCCCUGCGCAUAGUCACUUCCUUAGUUGGCUGGCAAGCUCGUAUAGUCAUACAAUCCUCUGCAGCACAGCGAUUAGCUACAUCGCUAAUAUAUAGUUUCCAUGGCAGACUUACAGCAUCGUCGGUUUAGGUCUUGCAAGAGCGAGUCUGUAGAAUUCUUCAGCAACCUUGACGUCUGCAGCCAUCAGCGCAACGUAGCGGUCAUUUGCGCCAGUGGGCACGCGGCGCCUGUGCCAAUCCUUGCCGCGGCGACUGGCGGGCUCGACUUCCUGUGCAAGCUUCUCCGCGGCAAAAGGCACAUUCUGCACGUUAUUGACGUGCUUGAGCACAACCAGGACACCGCUCACGCCCACUCGACCGCGCUGAGCGGCGCCAUCUCCCAGGCUGGUGGAAGCCCUUCCGCGGCCAUCCCCCGCGCCGCGACGGCCGCUGCGGCGGCGUGCCAGCAGUUCGCUGCUGGCACCAGCAGCGUGCUCCAGCCCCCGGAGCUCAACGUGGGGCCGCUAGGCGUGCAGGCGCGGUCGCACGACGUACACAUGGCGGAAGCGGUGCAGGCCCUACACCCGGCGCUGGUGGACAGGGUCAAGACCCUGCGCGAGGCGGCGGCCAAGCUGCAGGCGGCGCCGUCGGAUGCCGCCAAGCAGGCGGCACGGCGGGCGUUCAUGAACGCCAAGGGCAAGGUGGCGGGGCUGAUGGUGGUGGUAGACACCAUGUUCAACGAGAACAGCAGGGACGAGGUCCUUGCCCUGCUGUCAACCAGCGAGGUGGCGCGGGCGGCCACCACCGUUCGCGACGCGGUCGCGAGUAUUCAGGCCGUGGCGCUGCAGCCCUGCGCGCCCUAUACCUAUUACGGUACCUCGCUUACCGCAGAUUUGAGCCUUCUUACCAGCGCCUCCGACCAUGUGCCGCACUUCCUCACCGCCGACCAGGCCACGAGCGACGCCACAAACGUGACGGUCUGCUAGACUCUGCACACGCGGCCCCAAGCCCUCCCCCUAAUCCCUUCUGCGCAGCCCGCGGCAUGUCCCUCCACACAACUGGUAUCCCCACCGAGCCC